AUGCAGAUACUGCCAUUUAGGACAACUGAGGAGGUGUUGCAACGUGCCAACGCAUCCAAGUAUGGGCUCGCGGCUGCGGUGUUUACGCGUGAUCUGGAUAAAGCGAUGCAUACAGUGCGUCGACUGCGCGCUGGAACCGUUUGGGUCAACUGCUACGAUACCUUUGACGCCUCUAUUCCUUUUGGUGGAUACAAAUGUUCAGGUUUUGGUCGCGAGUUGGGCGAGUAUGGGCUAAGCAACUAUACCGAGAUAAAAUCGGUAAGUUUGUUUCACAAGUAA